UAUUACUUUCUGUAACAGACUAACUUGGCUACCCCCUGAAAAUCCGUAGUGGAGGCAGAGUUACUUUGUUAGAAAGUGAAAUUAGCAAGAUGGGAACCCAGAAUGGCUACCAUAAUAAAAUAAAUUCUAUCGUGUCCUUUACCUCAAGUGAUAGUGCAAGGCCUAAUCAGUUCAUAUUUGUCACGGACUGGAAAAUAUUCAGAAGGACUGAGUGUGACAUAUUAAUAUACAAAAUGUAUACUUUUAAAAACAAAUAUUGACGUUUUUCUUCUGAUGUUUACAGCAAAAUCUAAAUCAUACUGGGCCCUGAACUGCAGUCAACUCAGUGUCAGUAUACCAUUGCGACUACUGAGAACUCCACUGAAGUCUCACGUUAUCAGUGUGGUUUUAAUCAAACAUACUAUAUUAAUAUUGAAAUUUGCAAAUGCAAUGGAAGACAGCAAGACUGAAGAGGUGCUAGAUAUUCUUCGACUUAACGUGGGAGGGUGUGUGUAUUCAGCCAGACGCAAAUCUUUAUGCCGCUUUAAGGAUUCAAUGCUAGCAUCUAUGUUCAGUGGACGUUUUCCUCUAAAAAUAGAUGAAUCUGGGGCUUGCCUUAUUGAUCGAGAUGGAAACCUGUUUGAGUACCUUUUAGAUUAUCUUCAUGGAGAAGUUCGGAUACCUGAGGAUGAACAAACGCGAAUUGCGUUGCAGGAAGAAGCAGAUUACUUUGGAAUCCCUUAUCCUUACAGUCUGUCUGAUCACUUAAGCAAUGAAAUUGAGACAUAUUCUUUAAGGUCAAAUAUAGAACUUAAAAAGGCUUUGGUAGACUUCUGUGAUUCUUAUGGCUUAGUCUGCACCAAGCCUACAGUUUGGGUUCUACACUACCUCAACACAUCUGGAGCAAGCUGUGAGAGUAGAAUUAUUGGUGUGUUUGCCACAAAAGCUGAUGGCACUGAUGUACUUGAUAAGGAACUGGGAGGAAGAAUAAAUAAUAAAAAUAUGUACAAAAGAGUGGCUGGAAGUAAUGUCCAAUACAUCUGGAGUUAUUAUUCAGUGAGUGAACUGAAAAAGAUGAUGGAUGCUUUUGAUGUCUGGGAAGGGAAAGGAACUUCAGGUUUCAGCUACUGGAGAAUGCCCCAGCUGAUUGAAUGUUGGACUCUUGAAGAACGCCCUUUAAAAGGAAGUCUACAUCACAUGUCUCCAGUUCGUAAAAGACGAUUAAUAGACUUUACUGAAGAGGAGGAAGAUGGCCAGAACUUUAAAGCUGGUCCUAAACCAAUUAGAUUUUCCGGUCCCUCAACAAGUACCCGCAUCAAAGUCAAGAACUCAUCUUCAUUAAAGGUAGCUGCCAGUAACACACCUUCACAUUCUGUGGUAACUUUUAAGCGACCGAGCAGCGAUAGUUUGAUACAGCGCAAAGUAGUGCUAAAAACUGAAUCUCCAACAUGCAUAUCAUUGCCUACAAGUUCUCAGGCAUCUUAUGAAACUGAAGAUGUUGAAAAUGAGGCAACAUAUCAAACUACCUUCAACACUUCAAUGUUUAAGAAACCCACAGCCACUCGUGUGGUAAAACUGAAGCGGACUCCACUGUGUAUUGCAUCACCAUCUCAGGCAUCUUCCUCACCGAGUACAACAGGUGAGCAGGAAGUUCCUGCUGUUGAAAGUCCUACUACUUCUACAUCACUAAGAGAGGGAAAAAAUCGGAUAUAUCAACAAUGAAUAGGAAGAUCAAUAACAAUUUGGAGAAUGACAAACUUGAUGAUAAUAUUUAACUCCUUAGUCCAGGGAGCAGAGACUUCCAAGCAUGAUCUGCUAAAAGAAAAGUUUCUGACUCUCGUGUCAAGGGACAAACACACAUCUGGGACUAUAAUUUAUUGCUAGAACUGGUAAGAAAUCAUGGAGAAAAAUAGUAAAAAAUACAUGAGCAAAAGGUUUUAAAAUGUGUAGUUAGUUGUGAGUGUUUUUACUUUUAACCUUUUGGGACGGGGGCAGGAUGUGUGGAUUUUGAAAAAUAUUUUUGCAAUACACUCUCAUAGACUCAUAGACUUUAAGGUCAGAAGGGACCAUUAUGAUCAUCUAGUCUGACCCC